UGUGAUAGUGGUCGGUCGAUGUUAGAAUUUAUAUUCCUGGCAGAUUUUUGUUCAAGUUCAUAAACAAGUCCUUUAGUUAAAUCUGUGUUGCUUUGUUGCUCGUUUGUGCGUUGAACAUUAAAAAGUAAACAUUUUUUAUCGUUGGACGCAUUCUGGCCUAAACGUCAUUGAUUUCAUCACCGCAAAUUUGUUGUACUGUCAAUAAUUUAAAAAUAUUCACAAAACAGUCAAAUCGGAGCCGUUAAAAAUGGACGUUGAAGACAUUACAAACGACAUUGUUAAUCACGAAGAUCUAAAGAAAUUCGAAAAAGAAUAUCACACUCAGCUUUCGACCGGCACCGUGUCGCAAGAUACUAAAUUUCAUUACGCGUGGUGCUUGGUGAGAAGCAAUUACCCUGCGGACAUUAGAAAAGGAUUGAUACUGUUGGAACAAUUGAUCAAGCACGAAGCCAACGACGAGGACGCCAAAAGGAAUUACCUCUAUUACUUAGCGUUGGGAAACUCGAGGAUUAAAGAAUACGGUACGGCUUUGCAGUUUAUCAAAGCGUUUUUACAUAUGCAGCCCGAAAACCAGCAAGCCAAAACGCUGUUGUCGACUAUUCAAAAGAAAAUGGAAGCCGAUGCUCACAAAGGAAUGGCCAUUGCAGGCGGAGUAGUGUUGGGUUUGGGUGCCCUGGUCGGCCUCGCCCUCGCUUUGGGAAAGUCGAAAUAAUAAUUGUGCAAAGCUUUUUAAAUUCCACGAUAAUCGUUUUUAAUAUCGUCAAUAUUCCAUUUUUUUGAAAAUAAUCUUUAAAACUAUUACGAUAUUUUUUAACAAAAGGGACUGUAAAAAAAAAAAUAUAUAUAUAUAUAUAUAUUUAUGUGAACACUAGAAAAAAAAAUAUAUUUUAUCAGUUAUAUAGAAAUGUUAUAUAAUGCUUUAUAAAUAUUCUAUAUGAAAAUAUAUUUUAGUCAAUUAACUACGUACCGGAAGAAAGAUGUUUAUUUUACAACAAUUAACAAAAUUUCCACUAAACCUAAUGACGCGCACGCACACCAUAUUCGUAUAGCGAUAGAUUUAAUAUAAUAUUAUCAUAAAUAAAUCCAGAAAUUAUAAUAAUCCAUCUAUUCAAUGCUGUUGCAAUAAAAUGUUGUAUUUCAUUAAAGAACUUAAUAAAUGAAAAAAAAAAAAAAUUGUUUGCCCUAAGAUUUACCUAUAUUAUUAUUUAAUGUUGUAUUUAAAUUUUGUUAAAUUUUUAUUUGUUUGUGUUUUCAAAUUAUUAUAUUAUAUUUUUUAAAAAUAUAUUAUAGUUACGUGUGAUUAGUAAUCCCACUACAAUAUAUAUAUAGAUAUUAUAUUGUUCGGUACGUUUUUAUAAUA